AUGUUCAAACUAUUAACCAUUAUCGCUGUAAUCUUUAUGACUUUUACUUUUGCAAGUGCUGGAAUUACUAGUGUUGUUCAAACUGGCAAACAAAUUGUAGUAACCUAUUCUCCAGGUUCCAUUUAUUGGGUUGAACAAUCACUUGUCUUACAAGGAGUCAAGACCAAUAUCAAGCCAUACUGUACCAAUGGAUUCAACAGUCCAGUCACUUGCACAUUGCCAUCUGUUCCAGCAUGUGAUUCUAUUCGUUUCAUGGGUUUCAGUGGAAUUGGAGGUCCAACCUUUGAUUUUGGGUUUCCAAUUCAAUGUACUGUUGUUGCUUAA